AAUAAAUGCCUUCAUAACUUUUCUAAUUUUAUUAAAUCGAAUAAGCGAUUUUCAUGACAACUUUUAUCUUAUCGUGAUAUGAUUCAUUAUUGCUAUUGAUGGCCGCGAUGAGAUAAAUCGCUUGAAUAUUUUUUAUCAGUUUCUAUCAGAAUAUAUGACAAGACAGUACCAUAAUAUUCCAUUUUCACAAAAAAUAACGUAAAAAAUAUCAUAAAUAAUAUUUAAAGUAUCAAAUUUCGUGUAAUUCCAUGCGAUUCCUCCACUGUAAACUGUGCAUUAAUGUGAAAAAUAUAAAGUCGAAAUGAAUAUAUGCUAAUAUAAAGUAAAUUAAUUAAUUAAAGAAUAUAGAAGAAUAUAUAAGAAUUCAAGCUUUUUCUUACUUAAUUAUGACAUAAUUCUAAAAUACAAGAAAACAAUGGUUAAGCAACAAUUGCCACAUCCCUUCUCGCGGUCUGCUUCUCUUGGCAGGAAAUCGACAGGAUCUAAAAAUGUUUCAUCAAGAAAGCAAAAUAUGCAUCAUCGCAAGACGGCUUCGCUCGGAGCUAUUGAUGUAUCGCAAUGCGUUGUAUGCAAGGGCAAGGUAAAAUCACCCAAAAUGAUGAAAUGUCGUCAUACUUUCUGCCUGCAAUGUUUCAAAAAUCGACUUACGAUAUCAUAUAAAAAAGAUGGCAGUACUAUGUGCCCGGUCUGCAAUGUAGUAGUAAUCGCUAAUGAUAAGAAAGAGUCAAAAAGUGCGGUAAGUUUUGCGCCCUUACCGCCGAAGAUCCGAGAUAAGAAAUGCCGUACCUGCGGUGAAAUUUGCGAGAAUAAGUGUAAGCACUGUAAACGCAGAUUUUGCGAUGUCUGCUGGACAAGCCAUAUUAAUGAUUUGAAAGAAGAACUAGGUAAUAUAAAUGGAGAUCUUGAGACAUCAGUGGUGAGAUUUGAAGAUAAAAUCAGCAAUUUCCAGAGUAAAGCAAAUGAGAUGCAAGAGUUUAUUAAUAGGGACACAGAAGGCAAAAUAAUUGAACUUAAUAAGAAAAGGGAAAAGCGGAUUAAGAAAAUUGAACACAUAGUUGCUACGGGUGAAACGUCAGUGGGGGAUAUUAGAGAAAGGAUAUACCAAGCACAGAUGGAGAUAAGGGAACAGAAAGAAGUUUCAUACGAUGUUCUGCCUGACAAUGAAGCCAAGGUAACAGCAUUUCUAGAUUUACAACAAAAAGCCGCGGAAGUAAUGGCAGCAGUUGCCAUUUGGGAAUCGGAAUUAAAUAAUAUACAAAAGGGAUUUAAGAAAGUUAAUGAAAAGGAAAGAUUGCCUGUCAAGAAAAACAAGAGUUCCCUGUACAGGCGGAAAACUUUCACAUCCAAAAUUAUCGCGAAUCGUGACAUGGUACAGCGGCCGUCGGCGCUUGCCGUUGAUUCCUGGAGGGAUAACAUUAUCACGACCUGUCCGGGGUCAGGACAGGUUGUCAUUCUAGACAGGAAGUUCAAAGUUGUCCGGAGGAUUCGUCACCAAGAGAUGAUGGCGCCUCAAGGACUCGCUUUCCUGCAAGAGAAUGACGAGAUAUAUGUGACAGAUAAGUGGAAGCACUGCAUAUUCGUGUUUGACCACAAGGGCGAGCUCGUUCGUCGCAUGUGUAAUAAGGGCAAUGGAGAAUUAGAACUGCGUUCGCCGGAGGGAAUCGCGUUUCAUCCGGAACGAAACGUGCUUUACAUCGCCGAUACCGGAAACAAUCGUGUCCAAGUCCUUGAGAGGAAUGGCGUGUAUUUAGACAGCAUCGGGCCUAAGAGUAAACAUGCGAAGGGCACUGUCAAAUUCCGUAGAACCGGCCCGAUCGCGAGCCAACUAAAUCAACCGACAGACGUGGCCGUCACGAUAACGCGUAUCUUCGUCGCCGAUUCCGGCAAUCAUAAAGUAAAGAUAUUUGAUCACGGUGGACAAAUUCUUCAAACAAUUGGCGACGUUGGUAUAGCAAAGGGUUUGUUUAGAUCGCCCGAAGUAUUAAGUAUCGACAAGAAAGAAAACAUUAUCGUUGGUGACGCUGGUAAUGGAAGAGUGCAGAUUUUUUCUCCAAAAGGUGAAUUUCUACGGAUGCUAGGCGACAAAAAAACCCAGGGACAUAAGUUUGCAUGGGUAUCUGGUAUAUAUGUGACAAACAAUUACGAUAUUUUAGUCUCUGAUAGCAAGAAUAACUUUAUAUAUUUAUUUUAA